UCACAGCUGAAACUCGAAGAUUGUCCGUCCCCUUUCCGUUUCCUGCCGGGCCUCGAGGCAGUCAACAGCUAAUACCUCUGCUUAGGGUUGGACGACCUCUGCGUUCGCUUCAUCAUCAACCUCCCCCAAGAGGAUCUUAGAUCUGUCGAGCGCAUUUGCUUCCAAGUUGAAGAGGCACAAUGGUUUUACGAAGAUUUUAUCCGUCCUUUGGACGACCGCUUGCCGCUAAUGUCCCUCCGGACCUUUUGCCUGCGCAUCUUCGCCCACUGUCCGCUCCUCUCAACCUUCACCGUCGGGGAACACACGCAGGCCUUCGAACGGUUCCUUCAAUACAAAACCCGAAUCCCUGUCCGCGGCGCCAUCCUGCUGAAUGAGGCCAUGGACCAUACCGUUCUCGUCAAAGGCUGGAAGAAGAAUGCCAAUUGGAGCUUUCCCAGAGGUAAAAUCAACAAGGACGAGGAUGAUUUGGAUUGCGCUAUACGCGAAGUUUAUGAAGAGACCGGGUUCGAUAUCAGAGAAGCCGGUCUCGUUCCUAAACCGGAGGAUGUCAAGUUCAUCGAAAUUACUAUUAGGAAUCAACAGUUACGACUGUACGUGUUUCGCAACGUCCCCAUGGACACGGUCUUCCAGCCCAAAACCAGGAAGGAGAUCAGCAAAGUGGAUUGGUACAGGCUCUCUGAUCUUCCCUCGUUUCGGAAGAAAGGCAAUCAGCAACAGGACGCCGCCGCCGCCGCAGCGAAUGCCAAUAAGUUCUAUAUGGUAGCACCGUUUUUGGGGCCGCUCAAGAAGUGGGUGUCCCAGCAGAAGAAGAGGGAUGCGGUCAGAGCUGGUCAGAAUCCUCUUCUCGCUGCUGCAACACAGCUGGAGGAACCCCUGACCGAGGAUGACAUGGGGACCCAGACUGAAACGAUGGGCGAGGUACCAGCAACUUCAUCAAAGGACACUUUGGAGGGAGCUAACCGUGAGCUCCGACGGUUGCUGUCGGUUCAGGGUUCGACUGUAGGUCCGCAACCGCCAGUGGGCAUGAACGCCGCUGCCUCGACUACGGAUAAGGGUGGGGCGUUGAUGGCACUCUUGAAGAAGAGGGAGGCCGAAGCGCCUCAACAGUCUCAAGCGACUCGCCAUCAUGUACCCCAUACGCCUCUGGACCUGACUUACCAGAACCCUCCAGAGCCGGAAGCUCCACAUCAUCAUCAUCAUAUUGCUCAACGCUUGCCUGUUCCUAACUUCCAGCCUCCGCCUAAUUUUCCACUUCCUCCACAGGCCAACCAGAACCCCAAUGCUGGGAAUCAUAACCAGCCGCAACCGCCUCUUCCAGGUUAUGGCUAUGGGCAAGAUCAGUAUAUGAAUGUGCCACCUCCCCAGAGAAAGGAGCCUGUUCUCCUACACCCGCAGCCUCUGCCGCCGCAGGUUCAGCAGUCCAUGCUUACUAGAGGGAUCUUGGGAGUGGCAACACCUAACCUGCCAGACACCACGGGCCAGAGGCAUCAGCAGCCUCUUCAAGCCAGUCUGAAGGCGUUCUUGACUCACAGCAGGCGGGAUCCUACGCAAGGGCAGAUGGCGCCGAACCCGCAUCCCCCUCAACUGACGAAUCAGGCAAUGUCUCUUCUGAACGUCUUCAAAGGCGAUAGUGUGCGUUCUGGCGACGGUCGGGGCCCUGGUGUCAAUACCCAGGAGAAUAUCCAUCCUCAAAUGGCAGAUCAGCCUCGACAGCAACCUCCCAGUAAUUGGCAGCAUGGGCAACAGCCUAGUCCUGCUGGACAAUACUAUGGGCAACAUGCGCCUCAGGUCACUCAACCACCUUCGGUGAAUUCUGUGCCGCAUCCUGGACCGGGAGGGUUUCCUAUGGGUGCUGCUCCUAGGCCGAUCCAGCCUGCGGACUUGCAUCGAAAUGCCUUGUUGGACAUCUUCAAGAAAACAGUACCGGCCUCGCCAUCCGGUAGCGACAUAACGCCUAAAUUGCACACUGCAGGCCGGCCUGACUUGGCCACCAGGCCGGAUUCUGGCAGUCAAUAUAAUGUCGGACCACCUGCUCAGGGGCCAGGUUUCACGGCAGGUGCCAACGAAGAACCCGUUCCUACUAACGCAGAGCACACCCUACCGUAUAGACCUCAGAUCCUGGCCCGGCCCAAGCCUCAAGAAGCUCAGGAGCUCACGCCUGCGCAACUGCGCACUUAUGCUGUUCCCGCAAGCACCGUUUUGCAAGAUCUCAAGAACUCGGUCUAUCCCAACUUGCCAUCUGCCAAGGACCGUCUGCUCAGGCAACAGGCCGAGGCCAGGGGCAACAAGUCGCCCGUAGCCAAUCUUGCCGCCACCGCUGGCCAGCCAUACAACCAGGAUCGGUCCCCUCAGGCCGCCCACGUUGCGCCAUCGUUCCAACAAUACCACCAGAACCAAGCUUCGCAGAUCCCCAACGUGCCCCACCAACAUCAACAGCGCCACGCGGGUGCUAGUCCCAACCCCAACCCCGAGCAGAGAAACAAGUUGCUCGAGCUCUUUGGCAAAGCUCAGCCAUCUCCUCCUGUGAGCUUCUCGCAGCCUUCACCGGCGGGGUCGCUGGGAUCGAGGCAUGUCGAGGAGAAGUUGAAGAUGAAGGAGCCCGUUAUGUUGGCGCAGGCGAGGUCUAGGGUACCUUCGUUUGCUUCCACGAGCGGUGGGGAGCUUGCUGUUCCUCAAGUUCAUGAUCAGGGUAGCAGGCCGACUUCGAGUGGCGGUAGCCAGACGCCUAUUUCACCGACUGAUCGCAACUUUUUGCUGUCGUAUCUGAAAAAUAUCCCGGGCCCUCGUUAGGGGUUGAGGAGUGAGCGGUGGUGCUUAUAGGGGAAGAGAGUGGUUUAUUUUUAGCAGUAUUGUCUUGGGUUAGUGGACUGAUAGGGGUAGUUGGUGAAGGAAUCCUGCUACGCGGUUGUCGCGGCCUCUAUGGAUAUUUAUGUGGUGAUGAGGUUUAACUGUUACCGGCUUGCUUGGGUGAAACGGGUAUGGUUGUUUAUACACUCCUGGUCGAUUCCUCUGACUCGGUUCAGCAUUAGUUGGUUGACGUGGAAACCGCAAGGAGACAAGCAAGCAAGCGAUUCUUUCGUUAAUAAUGGUUAAACGCUAGCGUUACUUUCAUUGUAAUCGUAGUGGGAUCGUAGAUCGUACCCGGACGACGAGCAAGACAUUUUGCAUUCACCCUAAGAGAUAAUUCACAUCGUUCACUUCCCGC